AUGACUUUCCCACCUCCCAAACGCCUCAAGCUCGAUGCGUACCCAGGCGGCGCAUCCUCACCAUCCUCGAGCCUCGCAGCUCCAUCUACAAGCCCCCAUGACCACCCUGGUGAUGCGUCCGUCAAGGUCGUCCACUUUGACCGCUACGACUGCCGCCCGCUAGAAGGAUGA